AUGACAUCAGACUCUGCCUUCUUAUUACGCGUUUUAAUUAGCGCUAUUGGGUUUAAUGACCUUGAAAACCUUCUAUCCCACCCAAUCCCCGAAAUCCUCGACAAACACGUUCAAUUUUUCUACAAAGUUCACAUUGAAUCUUCUAUCAAGUACAAGGAGCACGCUGAUAUUGAUGCUCUCUAUCUCUCCACCCUCUCUUUCAUCCUCUCUCACUGUAAAUCUGAUUGGUGCGAGUAUCUUACAACCCACCUCAAUACCAACACACUCCACCUCAUCGAUAGUCUCACUAUUCUAACCCAAAACAACAAAGUUGACAUUAGUGAUACGCUCGACCAUCUAAAGGAGUAUAUUCUACACAGUACAACCCACAACGACGCCAUCAUCGCCUCUCUUUCCCGUUGUUUGCUCACUCUUUUCAAAUUUUCAGGUGAUGAUGCUCUCCUAGUGUCAACCAUCCACACACUCUUAAACCACCUCUCCUUCUCUACCACCGCACUCAUCACCCACCUCACUCUACAACUCAACAGAUCCCAAAUCACCAACCUCUCCACUUCCAUCUUCCUCCAAAACUUAGAUACCUAUCCUAAGUCGGCCGAUAUUGCCCAUCAUCUCAUAGCCCUCGCUCCAAUCACCCCUCAUUCCACUUUUAUCGAGAUUGCCAAGGCAAUUGCCCAUCUCGACGACUCGUUCAAUGCACAGAAAGCUAUGGCUAAACAGUCCCUCUCUGACAAAUACCUUUCAUCAGCUGUCCUUGAGCACUAUUUAAAGCUCUUCAUCCAGGCCAGCCAGAACAACUCGAAUAAGGUAUCUCUCGGUGAAUAUGUCGAUGUAAUUGCCAUUCUGAUGCGUGAUGAUGACAAUCACGCUGAAAGCGACAGUAUAUCAGCCAAGCUUCGCAAGUUCUGGAUCAUAGUAGCUACACAGUCUCUACCAGACAGCAAUGCACUACACGAAAUAGCUCUCAAAUCACCCGCGCUUGUCUUCACACAGGCAGACAUCACCGCACACAGUGCAAUCAACGAAAAACGCGCCUUUCUCACCACAAUACUCCCUAGGAAUGCAGGCGACAUACGCUAUCUCUCAUCUGACCAAGUAGUGUUGCUCAUUACGCUCUACAAGCUGGAGGGCAUCCGCUGCGCUCACUGUCGCCCAUCGACACUACUUGCGUACCUAGAUGGGGAUAUUUUCAGUGAUGCGUCUUCCACCGAGUGCCUUAAGGGCAUCUCGGACCUCCUCACGCACACCUUUAUCAGCGAAUGGAUCGCACAGUCUAAGGUGCAAUCAAUCGACUUGCGGUUGUUAGAGCACAUCAAAGCGCUUCUUAUAGCGUCGUGCCACAGGUUAGAAAUAGUGCGCACUAUUGCAUUCCGCUUCGCUGACAGAGUGCUUACCGCCAUACCGGAUCUGGUGUCAAAAAGCGUCGUCAUCUACACUGUCCUCGAGUUACUCAGCCUGCUACACCAGUCAUGCGCUAAUCACAUGGAAUUUGAAUACUCUUUCAGAUUCAACUACGCUUCGUCUCUCGCUGCUUUCCAGAUCGAUCUGCCCGAUAGCUCCGCGGUGAAGAACGGGCUGGUGGAAAGACUGAGUCGCGCACUCGACAGGUGGAUCGUCUCUGCUCUUCCUGGAUCUAACCUCGAGCUGAAUUCUACACUGAGCUCAUACCUCGACGAAACUAACGAGGCUUCGCCGACACAUUAUGGUGCUUCUCUCGCGCUCAGAUAUUCACUCAAAAUACCACCUAAUGACUCCCACCUCGCGUCCAAAUCCCAGCUCGACGAGGAUCUGGCCGGUGCUUUCGCUAAUCGCUUCGGUCUGCGCUGUAAAACCAACGGUGAGAUCACUGGCGUUAGGUUGGCUUUGAAGAAGGGCGUAAACGAAAUGCACAAGAUCCCAGACAACGAGAUAUCCAAAGAGGAUGUGCGCAGGUUGAAGAAACAGACGCAAGACUUGCUCUAUGGGAUAUACAAUAAGGAGUGCGACCUCACACUGCCCGACCUGAAGCGACUAUUGUGGAGAUGUGCAGGAAUACUAAUAGCAUCAAAUAAGCUCGAUUUUGAACUGUUACAUUUUCUCGUAUCGGUCCCGUUCCAAGUGUUCACUGGCGACUCUAUCUCCAUCGCGCUCGAGGUGUGGACAUGGCUAUUCCAUGAGCGCGUCGAUUUCCAGACCAAGAUUAUUAUGGAAAUCUCUAGCCAGUGGCUCGGUACUAUCAAAGCGCGCAAGGGGCUCUUCUCCCCUUCAGAGAUGGAUCCUUUCCACGCGGGCAUUGAGUACUCGCCGUCGAAUGAGGAGGAGCUCAACAGCCACUGCAUAUCGAUCAAAAAGACAUUUCUGCCACACCUCUAUGUUAUUCACCUCAUCAACGGUCUUCUCACCACAGUCGAGUCGAAUGAUCCAAUUGCUAUCGUCACAGUUUCGAAAUGUCUCCAUCGGUCUAUGCAGUCAGGGCUGAUGAGCAGACAUCCACUAUCUCGUGAGGUGCGUUUCACUAUCCUCAACACGGCAUUCAGACUGCUCAAGUCGUCGUCCUUAGACGAGACAUCCGAGGCGAUGAUGCGGGAGUCGACGCUGCACUGCGCCCUAGCGUGGUUCGAUCUCAAGCCGCAAUGGUGCUUCGGUGGUAAUAAACUGCAGCUCAAGUCAGAUAUGCAGUGUCUGGAGAUGUUUUUGCACAAUGUCAAAACGGAUGGUAGGAUACAGUCGCACAGCAACAGCACGCACAACAACAAAAUGAAGUUGCUCGAGUUGUUGCUUGACAACGAAAUAAGCAAGCUGAAAGUGUGGCUCGACCCACUCAAUGAGUCCGACAGAGGUGGAUACCUUCCUACACUCAUACAGGGCACUACCAUAACUGAAUUUGAGUGGCACAGACACGUCCACACGGCCUGGUCGCAUUCACCUGAGCUGCUAAUGGGUCUCGCCAGUCGAUUCAAGUCCCCAACUAUCUCGCGCGAGGUGAAAAAACUGACAAGGAAACACACUAAUUGCUUCGUAAACGUGUCAGAGAGUCUGGAGUAUUUAUUGGAUGGCGGUGUGCAUGAAGUCUCACCUUCUUCGCUGCGCCUCCUCAACUUCUGGGCACCAGUAUCGCCCUCUGUCGCACUAACGUAUUUCCAACCAGAGUAUAGAAAUCACAGUAUCGUGCUGCAGUACGCUAUGAAGUGUCUCGAACACCACUCGGUCGAUCUCACUUUCUUCUACGUCCCCCAGAUCGUGCAGGCUUUGCGCGACGAUAAACUGGGUUAUGUAGAGAGAUUCAUCUUCGAGACUGCAAAAAUCUCCCAACUCUUCUGCCACCAGAUCAUCUGGAACAUGAAAGCUAACACGCACAGAGACGAUAACGGGGAGUUGGAGGAUCCUAUGAAACCGCUACUCGAGAGGAUGAUCAACAUGAUAGUGUCUUCGCUAUCGGGCGAUGCUAAGGAAUUCUUCGAACGCGAGUUCUCCUUCUUCGACUCGGUUACUUCGAUAUCCGGUAAAUUGAAGCCGUUCGUGAAAAAGAGCAAGCCAGAGAAAAAGAGCAAAAUCGACGAGGAGAUGCAACGGAUAGAUGUAGAUCCAGGCGUCUACCUGCCCAGCAACCCUGACGGGGUAGUCGUCGACAUCGACAAGGUGUCAGGCAGGCCGCUGCAGAGUCAUGCCAAGGCGCCCUUCAUGGCAACGUUCAAGGUGCGCAAGGAGUUCGUCAAUUUACAGUCGCCGGAUGGGAUUCUCGACACGGAGCAGGAGGAAAAGAAGCAGGUGCUUGAAAAAUGGCAGGCAGCUAUAUUCAAAGUGGGAGAUGAUUGCAGACAGGACGUUCUUGCGUUGCAGGCUAUCGCUAUUUUCAAGACCAUCUUCUCGAGUGCGGGGAUAGCACUGUAUCUGAAUCCGUACCGCGUUACUGCGACUGGACCGGGAUGCGGCGUUAUUGACGUCGUCCCUAAUGCUACAUCUAGAGAUGAAAUGGGUAGAGCUAAGGUGAAUGAUCUGGCUAUAUAUUUCUUGCAGACUUUCGGUUCGAAAGAGAGCCUCGCGUACCAGAAGAGCAGACUGAACUUUAUCAGAUCGAUGGCAGCGUAUUCGCUCAUUUGCUACAUACUCCAAGUAAAGGACCGCCACAACGGGAAUAUAAUGAUAGACGGGGAGGGCCAUAUUGUGCACAUUGACUUUGGGUUCCUGUUCGACAUAGGACCGGGUGGGAUAAAAUUCGAGCCCAACUCGUUCAAACUGAGUCAUGAGAUGGUGACAGUUAUGGGUGGAAGAGAUAGUGAUGGAUACAAGAUGUUCCAGGAGCUAAUUAUCAAGGGCUUCAUCGCAGCUAGAAUCUACGCACACGAGAUCGUCAACGUCGUCAAACUGAUGCUCGGUACUGAGUUGCCUUCUUUCAAGGGCGAGGGAACAAUAUACAGGCUGAGAGAGAGGUUUAUGUUGCAUUUGGACGACCGCGCUGCGUCGACGUAUAUGCUCGGCGUCAUCAGGAACGCACACGAGAACUCGCGCUCAAUUGCAUACGACGAGUUUCAGAGGAUAACGAAUGAUAUCCCAUAUGCGUUAUGA